AAAGUUCAAGAUUGAGAACACGAAUGUACAUAUUACAAUCAUUACAGUGUACAUUACAAUUUAAGUUCCGGCUGAAUUUCACAUUUAUUAGACUGUGAUUGGCUUGUGUUACGUUCGUUUCGAUUUAUUGCACUCAGAACGCACUUCUGACUUCUUCACAAGAAAUCUGCAUAAAUUAAAAUAUGACAUUUACAUGAAAGUUGCUGAGUUAAUAUUCGAAAGUAUUUAAAAAGAACUUAUUAAUAUGUGUACUUCGGUUAAAAAUAAGGAAGAUGACGAUACGUGUAAAGAUGUAUUGGAAAUGUCGAGAAAGGUAUCGCUGGAUUGUUUGAAAUGGCUAUUUGUUCAGGUGCAUAUGAUAUUCGAUUUUUUAGUGGACAUACUUUUUGGGUUUUACUAUGAUAGUAAAGCACAGAAAGUGCCACCAGUAAAAAAUGAUUUAUUGUUACUAAGUGCAACAGAAUUAGCUGAUAAAAUCAGGACGAAAAAGGUGACAUCCUUGGAAGUUGUCACAGCAUUUAUAGAACGAGCAAAAGAAGUAAACGGAUUAAUAAAUGCUGUUGUGGAAGACAGAUUUUCUGAUGCUUUAGAAGAAGCUAAGGAAGUAGACAAACUGUUAGAGAAAUCUCAGAAUGUUGAUGAAAUAAAGAAAGAAAAACCUUUCUUAGGGGUUCCCUUUACUACAAAAGAAAGCAAUGAAGCCAAAGGUAUGCUUCAUACAAUGGGUUUAACAAACAGACGUGAUUAUCGCUCUCCCGAAGAUGCAACAGUGGUAAAUUUAUUGAAAAAGGCAGGUGGAAUUUUGAUAGCAAAAACAAAUAUUCCUGAACUGAAUUUAUGGACAGAAUCGAGAAAUAAUUUGUAUGGACAAACUUGCAAUCCCUACAAUACUACCAGGAAUGUUGGAGGAAGUAGUGGUGGAGAAGCAGCAAUAACUGCUGCUUGUGGAACUGCAAUAUCUAUUGGUAGUGACAUCGGUGGUUCCACUAGAAUGCCAGCAUUUUUUAAUGGAGUUUUUGGACACAAACCAACUGAAGGUUUAACGCCAUUAAAAGGUGUUGGACUCAGAAAAGUGGAUUAUUCCAAUUCAAUGGCAGAAGCAGGCCCAAUUUGUAAAAAGGCAGAAGAUUUAGCACCUUUUCUAAAAGUUUUAAUUGGGGAGAAAGUAUCUCUUUUACAGCUUGAUACAUCAGUAGAUAUAAAAAAGCUGAAAUUUUUUUAUCAAGAAAGUUCAGGCGAUUUAAGAGCAAGUAAAGUAGAUUCUGAAAUGAAGACUGCCCUUCUGAAAGCUGUAUAUCACUUGAAGGAAGUUACUGGCUCUGCGACAAAAAUUAGAAUACCCGGCUCUGAAUACAGUUAUCGCUUAUGGAGAUUUUGGAUGUCUGAAGAAAACUUAGAUUUCAAACUGAGUAUAACGAAUGGACAGUACCGUGCACGCGCAGUUUCAGAGAUCUAUAAAUUACUAACUGGAAAGUGUGAAUUGACACUAGCAGCAAUAAUGAAGUUGAUAGAUGAAGAUUUAUUACCAAAAGAUAAUCCUGUAUGGGCAAAGAAUGUAACUGCAAACAUGAAGAAAUAUUUGUUGGACAAGUUAGGAGAUGAUGGAGUUUUGCUUUACCCAUCUUCACCAUUCCCAGCCAGCUAUCAUUACACCGCUUAUUUGAGACCUUUUAAUUUCGGAUAUUGGUGUCUCUUCAACAUUCUUAGGCUACCAACCUGUCAAGUACCACUUGGAUUAGACAAAGAUGGAUUACCUGUUGGAGUACAGGUUGUAGCAGCUCCGUAUAACGAUCAUUUAUGUUUGGCUGUGGCACAAGAAUUGGAGAAAGCGUUCGGUGGUUGGGUACAGCCUGCUUAGACACGAAAAGUAUGAACUUUAUGAUUCAUUUUCCUAUGUUAAAUAUACAUUGUGGUAUUAGGUGGGUUAGGCAUUAUUAAUAACAUAAUCGUACUAUUACUAUUCAGAAUUUUUUAAUUUAUUUUUUAUAUCAGUUAACAGUUGAAAGUAAGUAGCUGUUAACUGUGUAGCCUUAAGGUAUAAUUAACUUUCUUGAUAUAAAUGGAUCUUUAACAAUCUACUUUUGAUUUGCUAUUAGAGAGGUGUUAUAAAUAAAAUCCUCACGAACAGUAAAUUAUAAUAGAAAACACGGGCACUUUAUUAAAAAUAAAUACACCUUAUCCUCAUAUUAAAACAUAAACAGUUAAUAGUAAAUUCGCAGGGAAAAGAAAGAAUUGAUUUUGUUAUUUUCGAUUAUAGCUUUCAUCUUCUGUUGAAAAAGAAAAAAAAUCGUACCUUCUGCUUUACACUCUCAUAAAGAAAUUGAUUAUUUUCAUCAGAUUUAAUUGCCACUCUGUCGUAAACGAUCUGUAGACACAUUUUUAGGUGAGAACAGCUAAUGCUAGAAUUGUAGAAAGUUAGUUCUUCUAUGAUAAAAAAUUUUACUUAAUAUGUCAAAAACUCCAAUUUGUACAUUAGUUUGCAUGUAGAACACUUUUGUUAGGCGCUGUAAGGGAAAUCUCGAUUUAUUUUUAUAAUAAACUUGUUCUAAUAUGUAAUAAAAAAAUCUUUUCUAUUUUCA